GUUGCUGCAACCUUUAUUCUACGCUAUACGACCACUUGUCGUUAACCCGAAACCGCCCACACCGCUUGAGUUCGUCAAUUUGGUGAUACAGCUGUUCUUUGACGCUGUUGUAGUGAAGUUGUACGGUUGGAAAGUAUUAGCGUACUUGAUUCUUGGUUCUCUAAUGGCGAUGGGCGUACAUCCUGUUGCAGGUCACUUCGUCUCCGAACACUACAUGUUCCGCAAAGGCUAUGAGACCUACUCGUACUACGGGCCUUUGAACUGGAUUACCUUCAACGUUGGAUACCAUAAUGAACAUCAUGAUUUCCCUGCAGUGCCUGGAAGCAGGCUACCUGAGGUAAAACGCAUAGCUCCGGAAUUCUACGAUAAUUUGCCCCAACACAACAGCUGGUCUGGAGUACUUUGGGACUUCGUCAUGGAUCCUGACGUCGGGCCUUAUGCUCGUAUCAAGCGUAAGCACCACGGACUUGAUAGCUAAAUAAACUAAACUAAAAACAAUAUGGAAUAAUCAAAUUGCACUACUUGGGUAAAAUUUUUUUUUUUUAGCCUAUGGGAAAUGACUAUUAAUGCUGACGGGUGACAUUUUAGUCAAUAGAUUAAUGUUUUAUAGUGUAUGGGGUAAUUUUUUUUUAAUCAGUUGAUUAUUUCGCACAUGACAUCAAAUACUGGCCUAACUCAAAAAUGAU